CGACGUCAUUUCACGUCGCAUCAGUCUGACGUGCGGUGAAUGUCGUACUAUCGAGUUUGCUCAGUCGUCGUAGACGCUGUAACCGCGUACGUUUAAUAUACAUUUUGUUUUCUAACAACGUAAUUAUGAGCGACAACGAGAAAGAAUUCAGGGAGCAGGACUCAAGGCACAGCUCGCGGAGUGCAUCCCCUCAGGGCUCGGCCAAAUCUACCAGCCACUCGCCAGCACGCUCCAAAGAUGGCUCCCACCAUUCCAGGUCCAGAUCUCGUUCACGAUCCAGAUCCAAAUCAAGGUCAAGGUCCCACCGAAGCUCGCGCAGGCACUACUCCCGCUCUCGUUCACGCUCCCACCGCCGACGCUCCAGGAGCCGAUCGCGCAGCCAGGAGUAUCGACACCGUAGGAGCCAUAGCCGCUCACCCAUGUCAAACCGACGUAGGCACAUUGGCAACAGGGCCAACCCAGACCCCAACACCUGUCUGGGUGUGUUUGGUUUGAGCCUCUACACCACUGAGAGGGAUCUGAGGGAGGUUUUCUCAAAGUAUGGACCUUUGGCCGACGUCAACAUCGUCUAUGACCAGCAGUCACGCCGCUCAAGAGGCUUCGCCUUUGUCUACUUUGAAAACUCUGAGGACUCCAAGGAGGCUAAGGAACGUGCUAAUGGAAUGGAGCUUGAUGGACGCAGGAUCCGAGUGGAUUUCUCCAUCACUAAACGAGCCCACACGCCCACCCCUGGUAUCUACAUGGGGCGUCCCACAUACGGUGGUGGUGGUGGUGGUGGUGGAGGAGGCGGUGGUGGUUCAGGUGGCAGCAGCAGUGGCGGUGGUUCACGCCGCGUCUCAAGGGACUAUGACAGGGGCUACGACAGAGGCUAUGACAGAGGUUAUGAUCGCGACUACGAUCGCUAUGACGACCGAGAUUACAGAUCGUACAGACGCAGAUCUCCGUCUCCUUACUACAGCAGGGGCUAUCGCUCUAGAUCGCGAUCACGAUCCUAUUCGCCGCGUCACUACUGAGCAGCAUGAGACGACUCAGUGAUGGAUCCAGUGUUAUUGUUUGGUUGCUUAUUCUAUUUUCUUCUUCCUCUUCUUUUAAUUUUUUGACCAGAUUGUUUAUAUGAUUGAAUGCAGGAUUUGUUUUUGUGUAAAUUUCAAAUCAUUUGUCCUGAAAUGGAGUCUGUUGGGAAAUGGGCACAUCAAAGUGGCUCAUGUUCUGAUUUAGAGAAGAAUCUCUUGUGGUGUGAAUUAGACGAGGAUCCGACUUGUUUGGGUUUGGCUCCACAGACUUUUUUUUUCCAUUGGAAGGAUUUUCUGUGGCCGUUUGUGCUGCAGUUUCUGAUUUUGCCGUUUUUCUUAAACAGAGGAAACAAUAGUUUGAUAUAGGAUAUAUGACAGGUUUUUUUUUUAUUUUGUCUUAAAAGUACUUUUUGUGGGGGUUGUAUAUAAGCAAUAAAAGACUAUUGUGUUUAUAUGCUAUCAUGUGAUGUUGCUCUGCACAUUGCUCUAUUGUUUUUGAAGCACUACUGUUACACGUGUUGUAAUAUUCCAGUGACGGAAAUUAAAUAUUACAGCCAUGA